GCCUAGUAUAAAGGCGUGCUAGAGUUACAAUAAGAAGCAACAAAGCCAGCAAACAAAUGCUCUCCGGAGGAAGCUUCAUCCGCAAGAAGAUCUGGAGUUAAGCCCACAGGAUGACAUGAUCACACAACCAAAAGGACAAUUUUUAAAAAGCAUCAAAUAAAGCAAGUUGUGCCACCACGAUGUCACUCCACCCAAGCAAUGAGACUUUAAACCUUUCCUACUGUUUUUCAAUAAACAGACCUCCUUUCAGAGUCAACCACACCAUCGCUUCGGCCUACUACUCAGGCGUGCUCUGUGUGCUGGGUCUCAGCUCUAAUCUGUUCGCCUUUAUUGUACUGGUCAAGUCCUUCAAGCAAACACACAGCCGGUCUCGCUCAUCCUUUCUUAUAUUUCUGGGGGGUCUGGUGAUUACAGACUUCAUGGGCCUGCUGGUCACUGGAGCCAUUGUAGUCUCUUUCCACAUCACAGGCUUCAAAUGGAUGGAAAUAGAUCCUUACUGUCACUUCUGCAACUUCAUGGGCAUGUCUAUGGUGUUCUAUGGCCUGUGUCCUCUCCUUUUGAGUGCCACAAUGGCCGUGGAACGAUUCGUAGGCAUCACUUGUCCAUUUGCACGCUCCACCAACAAGUCAAAGAGCAGAGUGUAUGCCAUGGUGGGCAGCGUGUGGGUGAUGGCCGGGUGUAUCAGCCUCUUGCCUUCACUCGGUCUGGGCAGUUACCACCUCCAGAUGCCAGGUUCAUGGUGCUUCCUGAACAUCAGCUCUUUCCCCCUGGAUAUGGCCUUCUGCCUGGUGUUCUCACUGGUUGGGCUAACAUCUCUGGCUGUGUCCUUCAUCCUAAACACAGUAAGCGUGGUCACCUUGCUGAGGGUCUGCUGUGGACAGGACUCCGCUCAGCGUCGGAGAGACCAUGAGGUGGAGAUGAUGGUACAGCUCAUCCUUAUCAUGGUCAUUGCAUCCAUCUGCUGGUAUCCACUGCUGGUGUUUAUUACACAGACAGUCUUGUCUACAUCAAAGCCAGACAUCCCAAAACUGUUGCUCUACAUUCGCUUUGCUACCUGGAACCAGAUCCUGGACCCCUGGGUCUACAUCCUCUUCCGUCGUUCCGUACUGAAGCGGGUCUAUACACGCAUGGACUGGUCUCGUGGCUCCAGCCUUAGCAGAUCUUCAGCCACCUCCAUGCACAGACUCACUCGUGCCUCUAUAGCACAGCCUGAGAGUCCCACCGUGCAAAUAGAGGAACCACAGCGGAAAGAUGUUUUAUUGUCAAAGCACAGAAAUUCUUCUCCUUCUUGAGCAAAACUCAGUUCUUUUGGUUUUUAAAGCUUUAGGAGUAAUUUCUGUUUGUGUAAAGUCUGAUGUAACAUGAGUUUUAAACAGUUCAUCCUUCUUUCAUGGCUACAUGUAUUAAUAUUUAGAUCACGUUUGUUAACGCUGCCCUUACCAAUAGAGACUUUUAAUAGUCUAGUUUAAUUUGAUUUGUAUAGCAUCUUUGAAUGAGAUCCAGAUCUUUGAUAAGGAAAAAUAAAUCUGUGAAUUGGCAUGAGAAAGAAAGCUAGAGAGAAGCCAGUUGUUUUUUUUUAAUGUACUCUGUUCUACAGAAACAUUUUGUUUUGUUAUAUAUAAAUUGAUUUGUGAUUUUGACAUUUCACUUGUGUGUAGAUGAACAAAGUACUGGUUGUUGUGAUGAGUUUAUUUCAACAGGUUUAGCUAUAAAAUAAACCUGUGUGAAAUCAAGGGAUAAUAUCUGGGAUAAUAGUCUUUUGGGAAUGGCAGAAUGACAUUAGGCAGGAUUCAAAUUUUUAUAGUACAUAUUAAUUUUCCUGCCACUUUAAAUAUUACAGGUGUAGAUAAGUUCCUAGGAUAACUUACUUGCUUAAGUAAAAGCAACUAUAUAAAAUAGCUUGGUUUAAAAUGCCAAAACGUUGGCAAAAUGGAUCCUGACAAACUGCAUACUUUUAUAGUAUUUAUAAUGGAACAACCUUUUCUAAUUCAACAGUCAAAUCUGAUAAACCAUAUGGAUAGACAUCUGUUACACUUUACAAGCAAAUCAAAAUCAAUCCAUCUGCCAGAAACUCCCAGAACCUGCUUGCUCCCCAGUCUCUGCCAGUCAACUUCACAGAGGUUUACAGGUUUACUAAUCACUCUCUCUUGUAGCUCAUUAGUGUAUGUGCAUAUAUUCACUCAAUUCAAGCUGCUUCUGUGCCAAGUGUUGUUUGUGUUUUUUGCCUGCUGUUCUGAGCCUUUUGUUUUGUUGGGUUUAUUUCAAUAUAUCUUUUAUUUUAUACCACGAGAUCUUAUACACUGGCCAGAAUGUGUUGAUUUAUAUUCUCUAACAAAUUCCUUUAUGAAAUAAAAUAUAUACUUUUUUAUUGCAUUUAUUGUAAUACAUUAUUGUUUCUAGUAACAGCUCAUUCCUGGAAUGGUAGUAUGGUGGAUAUGCAAUUAAUCUAAUGUCAAAGUUUUGUUAUUUCAAAAAUAAAAACAUAUACUUAUUGAUACUUGGA